AUGUCUGAGACUCAGAAGCGUCUCGUUGUAUCUAUUCUCGAGUUUUUGGAAGCAAGCAUUGCAGAUGGGACUGUCGGUGCUGAUGAUAAAGACGGCAUCGAGGUGGCCAUCCAAUGCAUUGGAGAAGCAUUCGGGGUGGACGCUUCAGAUGAAGCGACACGCCAACGAUUGAGUGUCAAACCCGCGACGCUCCCAAGCAUAUUCGACGUUUAUAUGAAGACAAAGGAAAGAAUGAAAGGAUCCCAAUCCACAAGCUCGAGUGCCCCCGCACCCCAAGCCGAGCGCUCGGGACCAUCCGCAGAGGAUAAAGCUGCGGCUGAGAAGCACAAGAUGAGUGGAAAUGCCAAGAUGAGCGGCAAGGACUACGAGUCGGCCAUCGCAGAGUAUUCGCAUGCAAUUGCUCUGGAUCCAGGCAAUCCUGUCUAUUAUUCUAACCGUGCUGCGGCCUACUCGUCCUCUGGAAAGCAUGACUUGGCAGUAGCCGACGCAGAAAAGGCCAUCGAAGUCGACCCAACGUUUGUCAAGGCCUACCACAGGCUCGGGCAUGCACACUACUGUCUCGAAGACUACGAAUCUGCGGCGUCAGCUUUCCAAAAGGGACUAGACCUUGAGCCAAACAAUGCAAGUCUGAAGAAUGGAAAGGAGAAUGCCCUUUCCCGUAUUACGUCUAAACCUGCAUCUUCGACUUCGGCCGGCACCUCGUCUCGAGGUGGCCCCAGCGCUGGAGGUGCAGGAGGCCCAGGGUUUGACGAGGUGCUUCGAUCCCUAAACGAGACUGGCGGGCCUGGAGGAAUGGAUUUUGCAUCCAUGAUGCAAAACCCAGCCAUUAUGAACAUGGCCCAGCAAAUGAUGGCGAAUGGUGGUCUUGAGAAUCUCAUGAGAAAUCCGGCCCUUAACACCAUGAUGAAUCGACUCCAGUCGGGGGGAGGCAUGCCUUCUAUGCAAGAGCUCAUGAGCGACCCGACUCUACGACAAAUGGCAGAAAGCUUUGGAGCUGGGCGAGGUGCUGGACGUGGAGGACCAGGUCCUCAGUAG